UACGGCUGGACUGGCAGUGCGGCUUGCGGAGAGCAGCGGGAGGUUGGUGGAGGUUAAGUGAGAGCGUGCUAAUACUGUACGUUUCCGAAACUUCUCGAAGGCGAGCUUACCGAAGUGUAUCAGUGAACACAGCGCUAUGGUUCGGCCACAGGUUGAGCUUUCCCAGCAGGAGAUGGAGACGCCACCCGCCUUGCAGCGGCUCUGGUCGCGACGGAUGACAAUCACGGCGCCUCUACCGGAGGAACCCGACCUUGGAAUGCUUGAAGACCUCUUCCCUUCGGCACAGAAUGAUGAUGAGGGCCCAGCCAAGGGGGCCCAGUGCCCCUUGUCCACCUUGCACGUACAGCCUGAUUUGUGUGACAGUGAACUCAGUGACUGCGAGAGUUACGAAGAAGAACACCAGAAGACCAAACUCCCAGUUCACCUUGAUGCAGCAAAUCUGGGAGACAUCCCUGCUCGCUACGUGAUACCGGCUCUCAAACCACAUGAGUUUCCAGCCGUAGGAGUGUAUGUGGACCCAAGAAUUGUACCAGGGUUUCGGUACAGAGUUAGACCCAUUCACGAUCAGAACAUUUUCCAAGCAACACCAGAGCAUGUGUUUAAUGGCCGUGCUGUCCACCUGCUGAGUAUAGGACGAGGGUAUUCAAGAAGACUCACUUUCGAAGCCGACACCAAUACACUUAACAACAAUAGCAAUUACUUCUGGUCAGACUCGAGCCCUGAUGGUUUUGCAUUUGAAUUGGAGGUGGUGUCACCUGGUGACAAAUUUACGUUGCAUGAUGCCAAUCAUGUUGCCACGGGCACACUGGAAAUCCUACACAACAGUGCUCCUCAGGAGGAAAUAAGCCAAGUGGUGCUCAGUGAUGGCUCAGUCGAGAAGACAGUACGACUUCGUGCACUGUGCAAAGUUGAGUGGUUUGAAAAUGGACAGUCUGCCGUCGUGAUGCCAAUCCGUGGUCUGGCUGUGGCAGUCAAACCCAGAAACGGACGGCAGAAUGCCAGCGUGACACGUGUAAUGAAUGUCACAGUUGGUAGCCACCAGAGGAGAGGUUUUACACUCAGUCCAGGGAUUAAUGACAAGUGGCGCCACACUACUGUGCUGGGAGAAUCUAUUGGAGAUGUACCAACACGUUACACUAUUACUGGGCUAGAAGCCCAUGAACUGCCAGUUAUUGGAACAUAUGUUGAUGCUCGCAUCAUGCCUGGCUUCCUCUACAGGGUGCGACCGGCUGGCAGCAAACGGCUGCUGUUCGAUGGCCGGUCACUGCGGAUCAUUAGCAUAGGACCAGGUUAUGGGAAAAGGAUCACCUUUGCACCAGAUGAGAAAAGUCUCAAUGCAUCUAAUAAUUUCUUGUGGAGUGAUUCUCAUCCAGAUGGACUUGGGUUCGAACCGAGAGCAGUGCAUGCAGGGAUGAAGUUUGCGGUAACUGCAGGGGGACAGAGGUUAGGAGAAGGAUCUGUGUUCAGGGCAGAUGCAGUUCAGCAGGAGGAGAAACAAGAACUGGUAAGAGAUUCACAAGGUACCACAGUCAUCAAGUACAUCCAUAUUGAUGUGACAUGCCACAUUACAAUGGACACCACAAAUGAGAUGAGGAAGCCUGAGCCGCAGGUGUUGCGAGUGUCGGGGACAGCUGUAGUGUCUCGAAGGCAAGCACAAGCAGCAGCACAGUUAGUCAGAAUAGAGAACAUUGGUCUUUCUUCACAACUUAACCUGCUCUUUGUGACACAACAAGCAAAAUUAGUUUUCCAUCCACUGUGAAAGGUAGUUUUAUGAUAAAUCCUGUACACAGAUUGAUUAAUAUUGGCUGCAGGAAAAAUGUAAGUACAGGGGUUUUAAGUUUUCUUGACAUCUGUUUCAUCUCACACUCUCAUGCAAAGUGUGUUUCGUACUACAUAACUAAGUCUAUGUCAUAGAAAAUACAGUAUCUCUUGAUAUUCCUGAACACUGAUGUGUCUAUGUUAGACGGCUGAAGACAUUGGGCACCACAAAACAACUUAUUGACUGUAUCCUGAUCAGAAGAUGAGCUGGAUGGCUUUCAGAGAGUCCAGGGGCCGCGCCAUAGCUCAAGCGGUUAGUCACUGGCUUUCCACCGCGACGGCCCAGGUUCGAUCCCGGGUAUGGU